AUGAAAUCUCAUCUGCGUAGUCAUCUGCAGGUCGGCAUGUAGCCCGCCACAACUACCUGGCCGCUGCCCCAGGCCAUUAAGUUACGCUGGUCCUUGGUUGUCUGGAGGGUAGCCGAAAGUAUCUGCCGUCCCCUCAUCUUCGGCUUGCCACAUCCCAUACCGAUGCGACAUAUUUAUUCUCUCUCUCCUCUCAACCAGUAUUAUCCCCUCUCACUCACUCUCACACUCUCUCCUCUCUCUACCUCAACCAGUAUUAUACCCUCCCAAUAUACUCAUCACCAUGUCUCGCCAGUUCGACCCCAACUUCACUCCCUAUGUGGUCAACGCCAUGGGCCCCAAGACCCCCGAGCGGGCUCGCGUGGUCCUGGGCGCGCUGAUCCGUCACAUCCACGACUUUGCGCGUGAAGUCGAGCUGACUUCGGCCGAGUGGAUGUUGGGCGUGGAGUUUAUCAACUCGAUUGGCAAGAUCAGCACUCCGGUGCGCAACGAGUGCCAUCGUAUCUGUGACGUGAUUGGCUUGGAGUCUCUUGUGGAUGAAAUUGCCAACAAGAUCAUCACGGAACAAGGACUCUCCCCCACGUCAAACGUCAUUCUGGGCCCCUUCUGGUCGCCCAACGCCCCCUUCCGUGAACUGGGCGACAGCAUCAUCCAAGACACCAACCCGAACGGCAAGGUGACGUACAUGCACGGCGUGCUGCGCGACAUGGAGACGGGCGCCCCCAUCGUCAACGCCGUGCUGGACAUCUGGCAGGCGUCGGCCAACGGGCAGUACGACUUCCAGGACGACGCCCAGACGGAGAACAACCUGCGUGGCAAGUUCCGUUCCAACGAAAAGGGCGAGUUCUACUGGUACUGCUACCAUCCGACCCCUUACUCUCUCCCCACCGACGGACCGGCCGGCGUGCUGUUGAACCUCAUGGAUCGCUCUCCCAUGCGUCCGGCCCAUAUCCACCUCAUGAUCACCCACCCGGACUACGCCACCAUCAUCAACCAGAUCUACCCGAGCGACGACCCGCAUCUGGACAUCGACUCGGUGUUUGCCGUCAAGGACGAUCUGGUCGUCGACUUCAAGCCCAAGACCGAUGACCCCAAGGCCUCCCUCGACCUUGAAUAUAACGUCACCAUGGCCCUGAAAAAGUACCAUCCCAACCCUAACUCGGCGCCGCCGGUCUCCUCCUUUGAGCGCUUCAACAAGGGCCAGCAGAAGCUGUAAUGAUUCAUGUAUUAGCAUAGCAUAGUUUACCUUAUACCAUCUCUUCAUUCUAUCCGAGA